AUGAGGCAGAUUGGUGGAAGAUGGUUUCACCAUAACUUAACUGGUUUGGAAGCUGAAAAACUGUUGACUUUAAAAGGUGUCAGUGGCAGUUUUCUUGCUCGUCCAAGUCACAGUACUCCAGGAAGCUUCACACUUUCAGUUCGUCGUGGCGAUGAAGUUACACAUAUUCGCAUACAAAAUACUGAAGAAUUUUUAGAUCUAUAUGGUGGAGAAAAGUUUGCUACUUUGUCAGAAUUGGUUACAUACUACAUGGAGAAUGAGGGACAACUCAGAGAAAAAAAUGGUGAUCUUAUUGAGCUGAAAUAUCCUCUCAUUUCGGAAGAUCCGACAACUGAGCGUUGGUUUCAUGGAAAAAUCACCGGAAAAGAAGCUGAAAAGAUGCUAUUAGAACGGGGCAAACCUGAUUGUUUUCUGGUUCGUGAAUCUGUUCACCGACCAGGGUCUUAUGUCCUGUCAGUUCUAACAGGUGAACAAGUAGCACAUAUUAUGAUUCAUGGGAAGCCAAAUGGAAUGUAUGAUGUUGGAGGAGGGCACCAGUUUUCUUCAUUAAAGGAAUUAAUAGACUUCUACACAAAUACUCCCAUGGUCGAAAAAAAUGGAGGCUUAGUGUCACUAAAACAGCCUUUCAAUGCUACUCGAUUUAACGUUUCUACCAUUGAUCAGCGUAUGCAUCAGUUGGAACAAGAAAGUGGUCAUGGUUCCGGGUUAGCUGGAUUUUUAGAGGAAUUUGAAGAGUUGCACCAGGAAGCUCAUGUGAAGAAUAAUCCACGUGUUGAAGGCUAUCAGUCUUACAACCGAGAUAAAAACCGGUAUAAACAUAUCCUUCCAUUUGAUUGGUCUCAAGUUAAACUUCUUGAUGGUAAUCCUGAAGAACCUGGUUCUGACUACAUCAAUGCCAAUUAUAUUUCUUGGCCUGUCCAUCUAACUGAAUCUCUUUCUAAUGGAAGUUCUUUCUGUUGUGUCAAAUAUCACCCAAUUUCUUCAGUUUCUGAUCAGAAUAAUAGUCAACAAUGUAAUGCUUCUAUCACUACCUCCAAUUCUCCACACACUCCAAAUAGUUCUGCUGCGUUUUUUUUCAAUGGAAAACCACGUUACAUAGCCACCCAAGGGGCAGUUGCUAAUUCACAAGAUGCAUUUUGGCGUAUGAUAUGGCAAGAAAAAAGUGCCGUAAUCGUUAUGAUCACGAAAAUAAUGGAACGUGGUAGGAAUAAAUGUAUUCGUUAUUGGCCAACUGCAGAAGAAGGCAUACGAGAAUUUCCAAAUUAUGGUGGUACGAUUCGUGUCCGACAUUUGUCUGAAAGGAAUUCUGUUAAUUACACGCUACGUGAACUUUAUAUGACUAGAGAUUCUUCUGUAUCAACAAAAAACGUAGAACAUCAGUUUCCUCAUUUACCUGAAUCUGUUACUUCCACUUCUACUUGUUCGAGUCCUACUAUCUCUGGCACACGAUUUGAUCACAAGCAUUACAAAUCAAGUAACACAAAAUUGCAUCAAACCGAUACCACCCUAUCAACCGUCAGUAGUCUUGAAAGUGCAUCUAGAGAAGUGAAUUCAGGAAAUGGACUUACUGUUUAUCACUAUCAUUUCACUGUUUGGCCGGAUCAUGGAACUCCUAGUGAUCCUUCGUGUGUACUCGAUUUUAUGCAUGACAUAUCCGCUCGACAGGAUAGUAUCCCAGGCGCUGGACCUAUUGUUGUACACUGUAGUGCAGGUAUUGGACGUACUGGAGCAUUUAUUGUAAUCGAUAUGCUCAUAAAUUAUAUCAAAACAAUGGGCCUUAAUUGUGACAUAGAUAUUUCCCGUACAAUCCAAGCAGUUCGUGAACAACGUUCUGGGAUGGUGCAAACUGAAACUCAGUAUAGAUUCAUUUAUAAAGCUGUUCAGCAAUAUGUAAAUACAAUGUCCAAGCGUAUACAAAUGGAUAAUGAUCUUCGCCGUACUGGAAGAGACUACACUAAUAUCAAUCGUGCUGCUGAUGAUAUUGGUGUAAUUGGAACAUCAGCUGUCAAUAUAUUUCCAACGGUUUGUCCAUCAUUGGGUCUCAACUCCCAUGAACAACAAAGUGUGACAUCAAACUUUAUUCCUGGAGCAAGUAUCAACACACCAUCAGUUACUGGAUCUUCUGUGCCUGCUUCAAACAAGCAAUGCAAUUGUCCUAUUCACUCUUGUUCUCAACGACAACCAACAUCAAACCAUAAUAUAUCUCAAGCUUCCGCCUAUCCCACCAACUGUUCACAAACUGCUGUUUCAUGCACAACAUUGCCUUGCACUACUCCAGUUGUAUCCGUUUCGCCUCGCAAUGCGGAUUCUGUAACUGGGGGCUUCUUCCAUCGACUGACUGCACCAAGUCGUUCCCGUACGAAGUCAUGA